GCGCAGUACAUCAGUUGCCCAGCAAACUCGCCCCAAGCAAGACGUACGCGCGCGUGUGGCUUGCAUAAUUCGUGAGUUUUACGUGAAAUACGCAAACGUUACAAAAAUUUCACAAGUGCAGAAUAAAACCUAGCUGGUUUCUCUAAUUAAAAUAAACUCGAUAGAAAUAUAAUAAAAUAAAAUAAACUAGAGUGCAGUGUUUACCGUUAACGAAUUGCAUAUCGUUUAUUCGAUUCGAUCGCACGAUCGAUGUUCGCGUAGAGGACGCUAGCAUAUGAUGAGCCUGACUGUUGUCUCGCUGCCGCAACGUUAUAAACGAAUCCUGCAAGCGAUGACACUCGCCGUUGCCGUCGUCUAUAUGACACUGCUGCUCUAUCAGAGCGCCUACGGAUAUCCGGGCCUGCAACUGCCGCAGUCGCAGUCGCAGCUGGAUGGCAAUGAACCUGCCACAACGACCACACAGCAGCAGCUGCUGCUGCCACAACAACAACAACAACAACAACAACACGCGCUGCCCCGCUCACUGCCACCCACACACUCGGCCUCUUCGCUGGCCACGCCCAUCACGCCCUCGCUGAUCAUACGCAAGGACAUACACAGCUUCAACUUCAGCGACAUCGAGGUCAGCGAACGACCCACAGCAACGCUGCUCACAGAGCUGGCGCGUCGGAGUCGCAAUGGCGAGCUGUUGCACGAUCUGUCGCAACGUGCGGUAACCGCCACGCCCCAGCCGCCCACCACGGAACUGGAUGACAUUUUCAUCAGCGUCAAGACAACGAAGAACUAUCACGAUACGCGACUGGCGCUGAUCAUCAAGACCUGGUUCCAAUUGGCGCGCGAUCAGACCUGGUUCUUCACAGACACCGACGACCACUACUAUCAGGAGAAGACAAAGGGACACUUGAUAAACACGAAAUGCUCCCAGGGCCACUUUCGCAAGGCUCUGUGCUGCAAAAUGUCCGCCGAACUGGAUAUCUUUCUCGAGAGCGGCAAAAAAUGGUUCUGUCACUUCGACGAUGACAACUAUGUCAAUGUGCCCCGUUUGGUGAAACUGCUGGACGAGUACAGCCCAACGGUGGACUGGUAUCUGGGCAAGCCGAGCAUAUCCUCGCCGCUGGAAAUACAUCUCGAUAACAAGAACACGACGACCAACAAGAAGAUCACCUUUUGGUUUGCCACAGGCGGCGCUGGCUUCUGCCUGAGUCGAGCCCUGACUCUGAAGAUGCUGCCCAUAGCAGGUGGCGGCAAAUUCAUUAGCAUCGGCGACAAGAUACGCUUUCCAGACGACGUCACAAUGGGCUUCAUCAUAGAGCAUUUGCUGAAGGUGCCGUUGACUGUUGUCGAUAAUUUCCACUCGCAUUUGGAGCCCAUGGAGCUUAUACGCUCCGAUACAUUCCAGGAUCAGGUGUCCUUCAGCUAUGCCCACAUGAAGAAUCAAUGGAAUGUGAUCAAAGUGGAUGGCUUCGACCUGAAGACGGACCCAAAGCGUUUCUAUUCACUGCACUGUCAACUCUUUCCCUACUUCAGCUUCUGCCCGCCCAGAUAAAACGUAGAUCGAUAAAUGUAUCGGGUGUCUCCCAUUGGCUGUUGCCGACGUUGCGAUCGGUUCUGAACCCAAAGUUGUUUGGCAAACGUCGAAAAAAGAUUAGGAGAAAGCAGAAAAACAAAAUCUCAUCACUGUGAUUUAAUAUUUAAGUAAGCGAAUAUGAAUGAUACAUCGAUAACAAUCGAUAACAGCUAAAAUGAUAAACAGAUGGUUCUUUGUACAUAUAUAUAAAUAUCGAAUUCAACUCGAAAGUUGUGCUUCCUAGAGAUUCAUAAGUUAAUCAAGAACUUGCCUUCCAAAAAAAGCAUAUAAAUAUAUACAUAAAUAUAUCGAUAAAUAGAUUAUUCAAGUUUUUAACUAUUAUCUCUUAAGCUCUGCAAUUACAGCAAUUCAACACUUUCCAAGUGCUUCCUUUAUAUUGUAGCGUUACGUACACUCUUCCAUUGAAGCUAAUAGCUUAGUUCAAUUAAUGGUCUAGUCUAUGUUUAAGUUGAGUUUAGAGUUUAGUGCGCAGAUAUGGACAUAUCAUAUUCAUAACAUCAAUUAAGGGUUCUCUGAACUCUUAAAGACAGUCUCCAGAAUAUGCCUUAUCUGCGAUGUGCGUGUAUAUAGAUAUAUAUAAAAACAAAUGUAUUUGUAAUCUGUAGUCUAAUCUCUAAGAAAUGUUUAAACUAUUUUUGUUAAUUUUUAGUUUGCCUAAAUAAAAUCUGAUCAAAUAACAUAAAAAGAA